CUACCGUAACACCUUCCUCCCAUACCUCCCUUCCUAUCCACGCCACGUGAAGUGUGAAAGCAAAAGUUAAUGAAUUCGCCGUGUCUCAUUUCCAUUUGCCAUCCACGUGGGAGUUGGUCCAUGUUUUCGGUCCGCUCCUCGGAAGCGGAUUUAAUCCGGGAAAGCUACAAAAAACCCCAUUACAACCGGAUUUGGCUGAUAAACGUGCAAGCCUGUGUGUAUGUGUGUGUGGCUGUAUGUGUGUACGCACGCUAAGAAGUGUUCGGUGCGCGUGUGAGUCUAUUUUUUGAAACCUUAGUACCGCAAACAAUGUUGCAGGAUGACAAAUUCUUCUAUCAAGUUCUUUAAAUUGCCAUCAUGCCUUAACGUACCGAUUAAGGGCACCGAGAGCAAAGGAAAAAAACGGGGGGCGCGUAUGUGUGUGUAUGGGUGUGUGUAUACACCUUAACGUAAUGCUGGCAGGCAGGGACGAAUGUGACAAUGUAAUGGCACGCAUCAAAACCCCGAAAGGGUGGCUAAACUGGCGCUCGGUUUCUAGAUCGAGCGACACGAGGAAGAAGGAUUAUUUAAUCGACUUCAUAUUGUGCGUGCAAAGAAGUGUGUAUAUGUGUGUGUGUGUAUUUUUAUACAACAAAAUUGAGUUUCGGGAGUGCCUGGAUGAAGUGAUGAGUGCUGGAGCGGGUUGAGGUAUUAUCAAUUUCUUCACAUCAACCGAAGGCGGCACCAUGAAGUCUCAUCACAAAAUUGUGGUGGUGCGCAAUGAUCGUCUCGGGCGCCAUUUGGUGGCAACGCGACACAUCAAGCAGGGUGAGAUAAUAUACCGUGACGAACCGUACGCUGUCGGGCCGAAGAUAGCGAAUGUGCCACUGUGUCUUGGCUGCAAUCGUAAUCUGAUGCCGCUGUUACAGCAGUCAGGCAGCGGUGCGGAUCGUUUCCAUGAGUGCGGCCGUUGCGGUUGGCCACUGUGUGGCCCAACGUGUGAAGAAUCGGCCCAACAUCGUACCGAGUGUGCUGUACUGGCUGCCAGUGGCUAUCGGCCGAAUAUACGUCCGCAUCCAUCCAAUCCGGAACAUCGUGAGUCGGCGUACUGUGUGAUUGUACCGUUGCGUGUACUGCUGCUGGAGCGUAAUGCGCCUGAAAGGUAUGCAACGGUGCAAGGGUUUGAAUCGCAUCUAACCGAACGGUUAGCAAGCCCACUGUACGGUGUGUUGCGCUCGAAUCUGGUACCGUUCGUGCGUAAGGUACUUGGCCUGCAGCAGUACAGUGAGCAGACCGUGCUACAGCUCAGUGCGAUCCUCGAUACGAACUGUUACGAGAUCCGGCUGCCCGACCAGCAUGUAAAGGUGCGUGGACUCUAUCCGCUGGGUGCCAUGCUGUCCCACGACUGUCGACCCAACACGAAGCACUACUUUGAUGACCGUCUGCAUAUGGUGCUGGUGGCUACGGUUGACAUUCCCGAGGGUGCCGUCAUCCAUGCGUCCUACACGCAACCGCUGCUCGGUACGGUUCAGCGCCGGCUAGCACUUCGGCAGGCGAAAUGUUUCGACUGUGCCUGUGAACGGUGUACCGAUCCAACCGAGCACGGUACCGAGGCGAGCGGUUUCCGCUGCCCGAACUGUCGCCGUACACCGAGCCUGGUGCUGGCUGUCGAGCCGACCAACUAUCGGUCGGUUUGGCGCUGUCAAAACCGGCGCUGUUCGUACCAGGAACGGCCGGAACAGUAUGUGGCACGCUGUGAACAGUUGCAGCAGGAAUUGCUCGCCCUAGACCGUACCGAUCCGGCUGCGUAUGAAUCGUUUCUUGUCCGUCACGAAUCAACGCUUCAUCGCUGGAAUGCUUACAUACUGCAGGCAAAAUAUGCGCUUACGCAGCUGCUAAGCAGCGGCCGCACGACAAAUCGCAUGACGAAAGCACCAUCAGAAACUUCCACUCGGCGCACGAUAGAGCUGUGUCGGGAUUUGCUUGCGGUGGCUGACCGACUCGAACCCGGUUACGGUACCUUCCGCACGAAGCUACUGCUGGAACUUGGGACCGCGCUCGGUGCACUUCAUUCGCUCGGUGUCUUAUCGGACCCCGAGCGACAGGAAUGGUGUACGGUGCGGACCGAACUCGAACGCAUUGCCAAAACGGAUCCAACUGUGGACGUCAGCAGCUUUGGUGAUAGUGUGGUUAGUGAAAAGGGUCCCCUUUAUUGUUCGUAAACCGCCACUCGACCGUGCAGGACAACCCCCCCCCCCAACCCUCCCCAAAAGUGUGUCCGGUAAUCGAUGUCACACUUCCCUCUAACUCGCAUAUUCUCCUUUAUCCUCCCAACCACACACCCAACCAACCAGACAGGAACAACAGCAGGUGGUGUGUGGUACGAUUUGUUCACAAUCGGCAAUGGGGGCUGGUUUAGUGCUACUUUACCUUCAUCCCCACCCCCGCCUCCUACUCCCUACCUCCACCGGAUUUAUCGCACACCCUUCGGAAGAGGAUUGUGUUGUUCGAUGAUUGACCGGGUGCUUGAGAAUAAAUCCCUUCUUUUUUUUGGGGCUGAACCAUACCUUCUUUCCCAAGUGCUUCCGUUCUGUGGUGGCGCGACGAGCGAUCUUUUCCAGCAGAGCGAUUAUCGAUGAUGGCGUGUAAUGCGGUUAAGGAGAGCGUGGGAAGGGAAGAAAGUGGACGGUUGUUGUGUGCGCUAACGUGUGAAAAUUCACUUACCAAAUCAAGGACGUUCAAGGACUAACAUUCACCAACGGAGAAAUGCGUGGACGGUGAAAUAAACUGGAGGUUUGCCAAGCAUUGUACAACACGGCAAUACAGUGCGUAACAUAACUAUACGGUCGGUUAUUUUUAUUACAAUCAAACAAAACAGGUUUAGGUUGAUGUUAGAUUUUUUUAAAUUUUAUUCAUGAUGUUAGAAAAAUAUUAUUGUAUGAAUGAAAAUUAAAAAAACAAAAAAUACGAAAAAAUAAUAUUUUAUAUACGCACGCUUUUAUAUAUUUUCUUUUUAUUAAGAAGAUUUUAAUAGAAAAUGUUUAGUAUUUUUUUCGUUUUUUUCUUAAAAUCAAGUACCCAUAUAUUUAUGUAACGCACUGUAGUUGUUCGCUGAUUAUUUUGCUUUAUUUUUACUGCGUUCGUAACCUUUGGACUGUUCAAUGUGCAUACACAAACGAACAUUAAAUAAGAAGCCGUGUGUACAGGUGGGUUAAGCGUUGUUCAACACACAUUGAACUUUACAGAAACGUUUAAGCUUAAUAUCAGCUCCUCACGAACGGCUUCAUGUGACACAGAUUUGUUCCGUUCGACAUCAGCAGUUGUUUUGGUAUCGGUGAUAUUAAAACACCGGAAGUGCUAUUUACACGCUACCAGGUGACGUGUUAUAUUCGCAAUGGUUUUAGUUGGCCCACGCACAUUUGCCAUCCACACGAUACCCACCCCUAGACGACGGUGGGGAAAAGACAAAUUACUGCUAAAAAUAUCCCCUUUACACCCUUUCGGUUUCCUUUGUUCUGCUAGUUUUUUUCUAGAUUUCCUUUCGAAUUUUAACGCCGCUAGGUAUGCAAUCCGCACGUCAGGUGUAAUUUUGUUAUUAGUACACAAAGGAAAGUUGGACGAAAUGGAACUGUAUUAAAGCGAUAGAAACAAACAAUAAACAUUUUUUUUUACCUUUAUAUGAUGGCAUAAAACGUUUGUUAUUUGCGUGCCAACAAACCAUAAUCUUAGUCGUGUGAAAAAGAAAACAUGUUUUGCAUUUGGUUGAUAUGAGCGAAGCUAGAUAAGUAAAGACCUACGCAUUUUUACUGUCUUUCGGUGGUAGCUUAGAAACAAAAAAAAUGCUUUCUUUCAUGUUUUGAGUUUAAUUUCACACCAUAUUCGUAUAAAUCCUUCGUUCCCAUUCCGAACCGAAAACAUAUUUAGCAAAAGCGUGAAUGAGGAAAGCAAUCAUUUCCUUGCCUGCUUCACAAAUGCUCCCCCGGUAUGGAGCCGGGUGGGCAGAUAUCUCUAGGUGAGUACCUUGCUCUAAUCCUCAUCACGAAUUCUUGUGUGUUCGCCCGACCGGUAUCGCGUAACGUAUUCCGUGCGCGAGCGUACAAUUAAUCAAUUUAGCAUAUCUCGUGGCAUUACACGCUUGAAGACGUUUGACGGCACGCUGAGGGAAAAGUCUUAAAACGGCAAACAAAAACAGAAAAGAAAAUAAAACAAAAACCAACAAACAAACCGAAAGCUUCUUAGCAACAGUGGGACAGUGGGAAUGGAAAGGUAUAACGAAGCAACAAUUACUGGUGCCGAGUACACAGGUAACAGUGUAAAGUACGUGCCAAAAAAAAAUUCCCCCC